UUUAGGUUUGAUGAAUUCGAUGAGGCAAUUGAUGAAGCAAUCGAGGAUGAUAUCAAGGAGGCUGAUGGAGGAGGCAUUGGCAGAGGCAAAGACAUGUCUAACAUCACAGGUCACCGCGGCAAAGACAUUUCCACAAUCCUAGAGGAGGAGAGGAAGGAAAACAAGCGACCACAAAGGGCUGCUGCAGCACGUCGCAAGAAACGACGGCGACUGAACGAUCUGGACAGCGACAGUAAUCUGGACGAAGAGGAGAGCGAAGAUGAGUUCAAGAUCAGUGAUGGAUCGCAGGAUGAGUUUGUUAUAUCAGAGGAAAACCUGGAUGAAAGCGAAGAGGACCCGCCGUCCAACGAGGACAGCGACUCCGAGUUCUGUGCCCGCGUGUCCCGGCGCCACCUCUCCAGGCCCAUGAGGCAAAGCAGGCGGUUACGAAGGAAAACAGUCAAAAAAAGAUACUCUGAAGAUGAUGAAGAGGAAGAUUCCGAGGAGAACUCGAGCAGAGAGUCUGAAAGUGCUGAUUACACAGAUUACAGUGAUGAUGAUUACCUGGAAACCAGGAGGAGAAGAUCAAGGCGGAAUCAGAAGAGACAAGUUAAUUACAAGGAAGAUUCCGAAAGCGACGGCUCCCAGAAAAGCGUCCGAUACGGCAAGGAGUUACGGCGAGUGCAUAAACGCAGGCUUUCCACUUCGGACAGUGAAGAGAGCUACACAUCCAAGAACUCCGAAGACGACGAAUCCGCCAAGGAGUCCAAGCGGCUGAUCCGGAAGCGCAGGCGGAGCACGGACGAGUACUCCGACGGAGAGGAAGGGGAGGACGAGGAAGACGAGGGGAGGCCCGUCCGCAAGCGGCUGAACCGAAUCGAGACGAUGACGACGACGACUUCGACAACCCUGGUGGACUUGCCCUCCACCAACGGACAGAGCCCGGGUAAAACCAUUGAGAACUUGAUCGGCAAAGCCGGCGAGAAGCCCCCGGCGCCCAAGGACAGCACGGCCGCCGCCAGCCUGGCGCCCAACGGCACGGGCGGCGCGCAGGAGGCGGUGGGGCCCGAGGAAGAUGAGGAUGAACUCUUGAGAGUGACUGACCUUGUUGAUUACGUCUGUAACAGUGAACAGUUAUAA